UAUGAUUGGCAUCACCAGCGAGUGUCGCGACAACGAAUUAUUUAUUAUUUAAAGUUCACCGUCCACUCGGCGCUCGAUUCGAGCCGGCAACGGGUCCAUCAUGUGGAAGCGCGUCGCGGUAAUUUUGGCACUGUCGAACGCGGUCGUGUGCCAUUUCGACCUUUUGAUUCUGCAUAACAACGACAUACACGGCAGGUUCGAGGAGACCGAGAGGAAUUCGGGGACCUGCCAGCCCGGCCACAAGAACGUCAGCUGCGUCGGCGGCUUCGCCAGGACGGUGCACGUGGUGAGGAAGUACAGGAACGAGGCCGAAAACGGCGCUGGGCCCAACGUGAUCUUCCUGAAUGCGGGCGAUACUUUCAUCGGAACCGUGUGGUAUACCAUCCACACGUGGAAUAUAUCCUCAGCUUUCAUGAACUUGCUCAGGCCUGAUGUGCAAUGCCUUGGAAAUCAUGAAUUCGACAAAGGGACAGAUGAACUUUAUAGAUACAUUUCCGCAUUAAAUUAUCCGACGAUCGGAGGAAAUGUGGAUUUUUCCAAGGUUCCUAAUUUAACUGAUAAAAUACCAAAAUCUGUUGUGCUCAAUGUUAAUGGGACUAAAGUAGGAGUAAUUGGUCACGUUACGACAGAAACCCAAAAAAUUUCUAGUCCCGGUAAUACGAUAUUUAUGGAUGAAGUGGAAAGUGUUCGAGAGGAGAGUGAAAGAUUGGACGCGUUAGGGGUAAAAAUAAUAGUAGUUUUGGGCCAUUCUGGUUACGUAAAAGAUCAAGAAAUUGCGAAGAAAGUGCCGUUAGUUGAUGUGGUUGUUGGUGGGCACACUAACACGUUUUUAUGGAACGGAGAAAAGCCGGAUACGGAGGAAAUUGAAGGACCUUACCCGACAAUAGUGACGCAAGAUUCCGGGAAAAAAGUCCCUGUGGUCCAAGCUUACGCUUACACAAAGUACUUAGGCAUUCUCAAACUAAAAUUUGACGCCGACGGAAAUGUACUCAACACCUCCGGUCAGCCCACUCUCUUAAACAAUUCUAUACCCCAAGACCAAGACGUCUUGGACUUGCUCGAAACGUACCGAACCGACAUCAACGAAGUAAACAAAGAAACUGUCGGAAGGUCCCUAGUCACGCUGGACGGCACCAGCGCCGCUUGCAGAAACCUCGAAUGCAACUACGGCAAUUUGAUAGCAGAUGCUAACGUUUUGUACAAAGCUUCGGUGACCUCGGCCGCGUGGACCGACGCCCCUAUAGGCCUCAUGAACGGAGGCAGCAUUAGAGCCUCCGUGCUCCCCAGUUUGAGCGACGGCAGCCUCACCAGGGGCGAUUUGCUCGCUACAUUGCCGUUUGGAAACCAAGUGGUUUCGCUGAAGCUGAGGGGGUCGGAUUUGGUCGAAACCCUGGAAUUGGGUAUCCGGAGCGACGGGGAGACCUCUCUGGGAGAGUUUCUGCAAGUGUCGGGAUUGCAGGUGGUUUACGAUCGAUCGAAACCGUCGAUGUCGAGGGUGGUUUCGGUUAGAGUGAGGUGUGGCGACUGCGAAAUUCCUUCGUAUAAACCGAUUGAUGUGAACAAAAAUUACACCAUCGUUACCACUGAUUUUUUGGCUGAUGGGUUUGAUGGUCAUUACGUUCUGAAGGAAAGGAGUUUCGAUAGGAAGUACGUGGAUUUAAGCGAUAUAGAUAUUCUGAGUUGGUACUUUAAAAAAUACAAUCCUGUUUUCGCGGAGGUUCACGGAAGGUUGACGUUCAUUAAUAGCCAUGAUGUUAAUUCAAAAAGUGCUUUAAUCGAACCAUGUCAGUGUUUAUUACUAGUGUUUAUUAAAUUGUUGGUUGUUGUAUUUAACAUGAAAAUGAUUUUAUGGGACUGAUUCGUUUCCUUUUUCUACGUACAAUCUUAGAGUGUUUUAAAUUUUUUAAACGGAUUAAUCAGUAGAUUUAGGAAUUACAAACGGGAUAUUUUUUGAAUUACGCAUAAAUAUUCUACAGAUAAUAGAAACGUAAUUAAGUCAAGAUUGUAGGAAAUUGUUAUUAGUGAUUAUAAAUUUGUAAAUAAAAUUAAUUACUAGUCUUGUAUAGGUCAGUAAUUAUUCUAAGUGAGACAAUUGGAUGAUAAAGUUAGAUAAAAAGAUUGAUUUACAUUCUAUAUGGAUAAGAAACAUUUUAAUUAAAAAAGGUAUUUUACUUUAUCAUUUGAUCAAUAUAUUUAUGUGAUCAAAGUUUAAACCAUGGACAAUAAUGUGAAUUAUUUAAAUUAAAAUUAUAUCUCCCUUUUCAAAUAUCCAUGGUUUUAACCCUGAAUUAGGUAUUUUCUCAAAAAAAUAGUUUUGACCGUCU